UUUUUUUAAUCACACAGUGUGUUUGGGGUCAGGGAAGGUUCCUCUUGAUUAAAAUAUGAGAGUCAUGAUGCUAUUGGCUGCAGGCUAUUGGUCACACUACAAAUUAUUGCAGUCUGCUGUUUAUCACCUCAUUCAGUUCUGGUGGCUUGAGCAGCACCGCAUUGUGUCAGAAAGUUGCACUGAGCAUCUGAAGCAAUGGCUGUUGUUAGUGGAACAUUCCGGAUGGUGUCCGAGGAGGAACAGGCCCUUAGGGCUAAGCUGGAGCACCUCACGGUCAAAGAUCACGGGCCGGUGUUCGAACCCUGUGCCCAAAUACCCGACCACACGGUGCAGAAGGCUAAAGAUGAGCUAAAUGAGACGGAUGAGAAGCGAGUGUCAGCUGUAAAGGAACUCAGAGGUAUUAUUAAAGAGAAGGCAGAUUCUGGAGACGACCUCGCAAAAGGUGUUCAGGACACUUUUGGGGAAAAACCCGAUACCGUGCUGGUGAGGUUCAUCCGUGCCAGAAAAUAUGAAGUUAACAGGGCCUAUGAACUCAUGAAGGGUUAUGUGCGCUUCAGGCGGGAUUACCCUGAACUCUUUGAAAACUUGACCCCAGAGGCUGUCCGCAGCACCAUUGAGGCCGGUUACCCAGGGAUCCUGCCCAACAGAGAUAAAUACGGCCGUGUGGUGCUGCUCUUCAACAUUGAGAACUGGGAUUAUGAGGAAAUCACUUUUGAUGAGAUCCUCAGAGCCUAUUGUGUGAUCCUGGAGAAGCUUCUGGAAAAUGAAGAGACUCAAAUCAAUGGGUUUUGUAUCAUUGAAAACUUUAAGGGUUUCACAAUGCAGCAAGCUUCUGGCAUUAAGCCCACAGAGCUGAAGAAAAUGGUGGACAUGUUGCAGGACUCUUUCCCUGCACGUUUCAAAGCAGUGCACUUUAUCCACCAGCCCUGGUACUUCACCACCACCUACAAUGUGGUCAAACCCCUGAUGAAGAGCAAACUGUUGGAAAGGGUGUUUGUCCACGGUGAUGAGCUGGAGAACUACUUCAAGGAGUUUGAUGCUGAAAUCCUACCUUCAGACUUCGAUGGGAAAGGUGCCAAAUACGAUGGCAAGGCCACAGCAGCACAUCUCUUUGACUAAGCACUUUUUAUCUGUCGCCGCACAAGAAAGCGACUGUGUUAUUUUAGUUGUAUUGCAUUACAGAAUGAUUGAACGUGUUUGUUUUUUUGAGAGUGAACCCAGCAGCAUAGAGAUUUUCCCAUGCCAAACAGCCAUGUUACUGGAAAAGUCUCCAGAUGUCAUUAAAGAGGAAUGAAAUGGAUACGGUCAGUUAGUUCCCUGUGACACUGCGUUCUAUUGGAGUGCAUGACAUUCCUUACUAAUCUCAGGCAGGGCCCCAUUUUCAAAUUUAACCCCAAAAAUAGAUAUUCUUUUGGCACAGAUGGCAGAUUACAGAGUCCAGACAUCUCUGUUGUUUCUCUAGUUAAGCAAGAAUGGAAAAAUACUCAACCCAGUCAACGUUUAAAACAGAAUUGUAAGAAUACAUGAUGUUUUGAAUGGAGAACUUUCUACAGAAAGUUAAAGUGAGUACAUACAUUUUCAUUAUAAAUAAAGUGCACACUUAAA